GAUAUCAACACUAGCCACCAGAUAAACCUUGUCUUCAUUUUGCAUGCUCCAGCCUUUGGAACGGUCUACCAAAGAUACUACAAUGUACUGAAAAGAACAAAAAAAAAAAGUUAAAAGAAUGAAAUCAACGAAAAUAUUUAAGGAUAGGGUGGAGAAGGUGGUGUUGUGCUGCGCUGGGGUGUGUUUGGAGGACAAAGAUAUGGAUAUGGGAAUGUUUCAGGUGAAGAGUGUGGAUGAGGCUGUGGGCAUUUUGUUGCCACAAACGCCGGAUAAGCUUAGGGAGUUGAUUCGUAUUUCGUUUUAUAAACCCACCAGAGGACUACCCUCUUGUUUCCUCAACGAUUUUAUCCAUGUUAUGUGCACAGAAAACCGUCAAGAAAGAUCAGAACUGAUCCAUGCCCUGCACAAGGACAGGAAGAUGUCGAAUCUUCCCAAGAUAACACAGCAAACACUAAUAAUCUGGGGAGAACAUGACAAGAUAUUCCCAGUGGAAUUGGCACACAGAUUGAAAAGGCAUCUGGGAGAGAAUGCAGAACUAGUGAUCCUAAAGAAUGCAGGGCACGCAAUCAACAUGGAGAAGACCAAGGAGCUUUCCAAGCACAUGAAGGCUUUUCUUGCUGAUUCGCUUCCUCAGGCUGAGAAAGAAAAUUACAACAAUGGCACUAAAAAAGUUUGACAGAGAUUCCAAACAAUGAAAGACUAAUCAGUAGUAGCCAAUAUCUCAGGCUCCUGCAUUGGGUUUCCUGUGUUGUAUGAUGUGAUGAACCCUAAAAAAAAAAAAUUAAAGUUUUUGAAAUGAAUUAAUUCCUAUGUCUAUGCCCAAAACAAUAGAAAUUUAUUCAAUAGGGUAUGUAUGAUGGAUAAGCUGUCAUCCCACGGCAGGUUAGUUAGAAAGUCACCCUAUUACUGCUGCGCUGCUGCCUUGGUCUGUUCCUUUUUUGGUUUGACAGCCCUUGGUCCAUCCAAGUUAUCUG